AUGGCAGUUCUCAAGGGCAGUGCCGUCUUCACGGCCAUUGCUUCUCUCGCGGCCAUCGCCGUCCCUACGUCCGCGGCCGUUCCGGCGACCCUCACGCCCGAGUACCUCGCGACGGCAGGCAACAGCUCUCUCUUCACCCGCUGGAGGCCUCGCUCUCACUACCUCUCGCCGCAUAGCUGGAUGAACGACCCUUGCGGUGCGGUCUAUGAUCCGGCCACCGAGACAUACCACUUGCACUACCAGUUCCACCCCAACCACGUGAACUGGGGCAACAUCUCCUGGGGCCAUGCCGUCUCCAAGGACCUGUUCCAUUGGACUGACGUCGGCGACUGGGCCAACGACUCGUCCGUUUCCCUCGCCUCUGGCAAGUACGCUGCCGGUCCUCUUUCACAAUUCACCGGCACGACCCAGCCGGUCAACAUUGAAGGUGUGAACGAUGGCACUCUUCUGACUUUCGGUACCGGCAUCCACGCACUGCCCACCAACUGGAAGCAGCCGUACAUCACUGGCACUGAAGUGCAAGCCAUGUACACCUCUGCUGAUGGUGGUACUACCUGGGAAGAGGUUGGCACUGUUAUUUCCGGUCCUCCUGAGGGUUGGAAUGUCACUGGGUGGAGAGACCCGAGCUUCUUCCCCUCCACGGACCUUGACAGCCUCCUUCAGGUCAGCGAGCCCCACUACUACAUGGUACUCGGGUCCGGCCUCAAGACCGGAGAGGUUCCCGCCCAGCUGCCCGGCGCCGCACGCCCCGGCUUCAUCGGGCCCCGUAUCCCGCUCUACUCUGCGCCCGCCUCCAACUUGACCCAGUGGACUUUCCUCGGAGCCCUGUGGGAGCCUGUGGCCAACUCGUCCCUAGGCAAGCCCGACGUUACCGGAUCCUACGGUUACAACUUCGAGGUCAGCAGCUUCUUCGAUCUCCCCAUUGGCGAGACCGAGGAGAAGGCUUGGUUUGUUACCAUGGGAGCUGAGGGCGGCAACACCACCCAGCACUGGAAAGAGCAGUGGGCUCUCUGGAAUCGCGGAGACGUUGCGCGCCGCGACAACGGCUCCGUUGAGUUCACCCCCCACUCUGGCGCUGCCUUGGACUGGGGUAUCUCAUAUGCCCAAGCCACUUGGCUCGACACCCGCAACAACGGUCGCCGCAUCAUGUGGGGAUGGGCUAACGACGACAUUCUGUCCGACUAUGCAUUUGAUACCUCUAAGCAGUUUGGCUACAUGGGAUCUAUGAAUCUGCCCAUGGAGCUGUAUAUCAAGGAGACUAAGGGCGUCCAGAACUGCGGUACGCAGCAAGACGGCAGUUUCUGUAUCGAAAGCUGCAACGGCGCCACCGCACAGACUCUCGGAAUCCGCCCCCUGUCCGACGUUCUUGAGCUUCUCCGUGUUGGCGCUGAGGUCCACGACUUCCAGGUUGGCGAGCUCACCGACGCCGCCAAGUCCGUUUCCGCCAACAUCGGCACCUCCUACGAGCUGACGGCGACCCUUAGCGGCUUCAGCGGCCCGGCUGGCAUCAUCGUCGGCCAAAGCCCCGACAAUGCCGAGUACACCACCAUCGUCUUCGACCCGGCUACCUCGCAGAUCAGCGUCCUUCGCGACCACAGCAGUCUGCUCCCCAAUUUCAACAACGACAGCUUCGUCGGCCACUUCGAGCCCUACGAGAUCCGUGACAAGGCCAGCAACGCCACUGCUACGGAGGAGCUCAACUUCCAUGUUGUUUUGGACGGCUCCCUGCUUGAGAUCUGGGUCAACGAGCGCUUUGCGCUGACGGCACGCAUCUACCCCUCGCGCAAUGACAGCACUGGUCUGAGCUUCUUUUCUGGUGACGCGGCGGCGCCCGCUGGCAUCAAGGCGACGUGGAAGGACGUGAAGGCUUGGUCCGGCCUUGCCAAGGCGUGGCCAGAGAGACCCGAGGAUACUAGCGUCCCCUUGGUCUGGGAUACUGCUGAGCAGACAAACAACUAUACUUGGUGGCAGGGAUACUAA